GUAUGCUCUAAGAGAGCACUGGUUGCCAGUCUCGGCUGGCUUCAUCAUCUGAAUGCAAACACAUGGAACUUUUUCCGCUGCCAUCCCCACUUCUCUCACGCCUCUCCUCGACCCCUUCCUCCGACACUCCUCCUCCAUCCGGACCAGAUCACAGGCCCAGCAGCUCCAUGCCCUCCUCCUCAAGUCCCACCCUCGUCCCUUCCCCCUCGUCUUCUCCCUCUACUCCGCCCUCGGCCUCGUCCGCGACGCCCGCCUUGCCUUCACCGCCGCACCCACCCCGUCCCCGCCCUGCUACGCGGCCGUCAUCCGCUGCUCCGCUGCUCGCGGCCUCUUCGACCACUCCGUCUCUGCCUUCGUCCGCAUGCGGUCUUUUAGCUCCCCUCUGGCCGACGCCGUCCUCCCCUCCGUCCUCAAGUCCUGCGCCGCCCUCAGGGAUCCCCACCUUGGGACAGCCGUUCAUGGUUUCUUGAUCCGCUCGGGUUGGGGUGCCGAUCUCUUCACCGCCAACGCCCUCAUGAACAUGUACUGUAAGUUGUGUCAUGCCAAGGACGACGGCCGCCGGAAUUCACUUGCUGAGGUGUCCAGCGGAGGCGCCGUCGGUGGCGAUUCGAGAAAGUCGGGAUUUUCUCAUGCCAGCCAGAUUCGACUGGGUCCUUUGGGGAGCGUAAGAAAGGUGUUCGACGAGAUGCCUCAACGAGAUGUCGUCUCGUGGAAUACUUUGAUUGCAGGGACUGCAGAGAAUGGUAUGCAUGUAGAAGCUUUAGAGAUGAUCAAGAAGAUGGGCGUAGCUGGUCUGAAGCCUGACUCAUUUACUUUGUCGAGCGUUCUCCCGAUCUUUGCUGAAUAUGUUGAUGGUUACAAGGGAAUGGAGAUUCAUGGGUUUGCGAUAAGGCAUGCAUUCGAUACAGAUGUGUUCAUUGGGAGCAGCUUGAUCGAUAUGUAUGCCAAUUGCACUAAUGUGGAUUACUCGCGCCGAGUAUUUGAUCUUUUACCAAACCCUGAUCCAAUUUCGUGGAAUUCUAUCAUUGCGGGUUUGGUGCAAAACGGCAUGUUUGAUGAGGGGCUCAAGUUGUUUAGGGAGAUGUUACUUUGUCGGAUAAAGCCUAUGCCUGUGACUUUUUCUGGCAUCAUGCCUGCUUGCGCUCAUCUGACAACACUGCGUCUUGGGAUGCAGCUCCAUGGGUAUGUCGUCAGAGGUGGGUUUGCAGGGAAUGUUUUUGUAGCCAGUUCACUUGUUGAUAUGUAUGCGAAAUGUGGAAAUGUCCAUAUUGCUCGGCGAGUCUUUGAUGGGGUGCCAUCACCAGAUAAUGUUUCAUGGACUGCCAUGAUCAUGGGUUAUGCUUUGCAUGGGCCAGCACAAGAAGCUCUAUCACUGUUUCAGCGAAUGGAGACCGAGAAUGGGAAACCUAAUCAUGUGGCCUUUGUGGCAGUCUUGACUGCUUGUAGCCAUGCUGGUCUGGUUGAUGAAGCCUGGGAUUAUUUCCAUAGAAUGUCUAAUGAUUAUGGAAUUAUUCCCAGGUUGGAGCAUUAUGCAGCAGUUGCUGAUCUUCUUGGUCGAGCUGGGAAAUUAGAGGAAGCCUAUGAUUUUAUUUCAACCAUGCACAUAAAACCUACUGCUGGUGUCUGGUCCGCCUUAUUGGGUGCUUGUCGGGUUCAUAAGAAUGCUAAAUUAGCUGAGAAAGUGGCUGCAAAAAUCUUUGAUAUCGAACCCAAGAACAUGGGGUCUCAUGUUCUCAUGUCAAAUAUCUAUUCAGCUGCAGGAAGAUGGAAUGAGGCAGCCAAAUUACGAAUGACCAUGAAGGACAAAGGUAUGAAGAAACAACCAGCUUGUAGCUGGAUCGAAAUAAAGAAUGAGUUACAUGCAUUUGUAGCACAUGAUACGUCUCACCCAUGUUACAAUAAGAUAAUCAAUGCUCUCAAAGUUCUGUUGGAGCAGAUGGAGCGAGAAGGUUAUGUACCCAACACGGAGGACGUGCUUCAUGAUAUUGAAGAAGAGCAGAAGAGAAAUAUGUUAUGCGGUCACAGUGAAAGGCUUGCAAUAGCAUUUGGCAUCAUAAGCACUCCACCUGGAACAACCAUCCGAGUGACAAAGAAUCUUCGAGUAUGUGUUGACUGCCAUACGGCAACAAAAUUUAUUUCGAAGAUUGUUGGAAGGGAGAUAGUUGUGAGGGAUUUGAACCGCUUCCACCAUUUCAAGGAUGGGGAAUGUUCAUGCGGGGAUUACUGGUAGAUCAGAGUAGGGAUGGGAUUGUUAGCCAUAGAAUUUGUCUUGGAAGUGGCCCUUCUCUGAUGCUUUAUGCAAUGCUAACCGAGGUACGAGUUGGAGAUGGAUUAUAUACACUGUUACUUAUUUAGCACAACAUGUCUGAUAGCCUGUGUAACUCGAGCUGCUUAAUGUCUUCUGUUCUAAUAUUUUAAGAAUCAAGUGAAGACAGUGAUUUUUGACUCAAAUAAAUGUUAUUACAGCGCAUCAAGCAACCUUUAGGACCAAGAUGUGAAAUGCAUGGUUUGGAAUUCGUACGAAGAUGACCUUGGAUGCAUCCCAGGUUCUGCUGCUUGAGCAAGGAUAUUUUCUUCAUUUUGGCUUAUGUUUUCGUUCAUGCCUAAGUGCUUCUUUGCCCAAAUUUCUUCAGCCCAUUGGUUUUAAGAAGUGGUCAUGAUCAGAUUCAUGAUUUUAAGGUCCAUUCGUCGACUUUGACAGAAAUUGUCACCCAAGAGGUGCAUCUCUUCGACUAUGGGAUCCAGAAGGUGAACAUCACAGAGAAGGAAGGGCUACAAUUUGCUCAGGUCCUCUUCAUGAACUUGACAUGGUUUGGAGCUCAAACCUAGGAGAAGGAAGAUGAAAGGUGUGGAAACAAGAGGAUACACCUAGGAUUUAUUUAAUUGACAUGGCAUUGGCAUAAUCUUACAGGUUUAUUUGGCAAAACCAUGGUAAGAAUCCGAUGAUACUCCUCGUUGUUGUUUUUCGACUUGUUAUGCAGUAUAUAUUUAAAA